AAAAUAUUAAUUUUGAGUCGACAACAUAUAUCCGCAAAAUUCGGAUUAUGGAGAAUUUCGUUAAAUUUCAAUUGCACUGACAAGCAAACCACAGUCGCCAUCUUGGGUAGUUAAUAAACGUUGCUUAGAUACGCAUCGCCAACGUUUAGUGAAUCUUAUCGAUCUUAUCAAAAAAUACUUUUCGUCAGUCGUUGACGUUUCGCGAAAAUAUUGUUUUUGACACUUUUUAUGAUAUACUUUUUGUUAUGUGUUUUUUCUUUAAACCUAAGAUUGGCCGAUUGCGAUAAAAACCAUAGAAAGAAGAAUAAUAACCAUAACCUCAAAGUCGAAGUUUUAGUUCAAAAUGUCAUUUAGUUGUUCAAAUGUCAUAGUCAUUUACUUUGUUUGGAUUACACACAUCAUGCCGAAAAUCCCGAAUCUCCGUGCAUUUGGUAAACAUUGUCACAAUUGUGGAAAGUGGAUGGAGCGAAGGGCUCUUCGUAAAGAUGUGACAUGCAAUUUUUGUAAUGGCAAAAUAUUUGCAAGAGAUGGCAAACAAAAGCAAAUGUGCAGUCGAUGUGUGGAAUGCGACAACAUUAUACUCGAUAAUUUCAAUUAUUGCGAGUGCUGUGGGUGUAAAAUGAAAAAUAAUACUUAUUACCGGAUAGAGAUGUCGAUAACGAAGAGUUGAAUGUUAGAACUUAUGAAAAUAUUAUUUACAACUCAUUUCGAGAAGCUGCUCAAGCAAGAGGGCUCCUUUUUGACGAUCAAGAAUGGGAAAGAUGUUUGAAUGAAGCAAUUGAUUUUAAACUUCCUCGGCAAUUAUUUCGAGUUCGAAGAUUCGAUGAUGUAAAAAUUCAAAUUAUCAAUACCACUGAACAAGGCUUGAAAGGUGAUUAAUAUUUAUCGAAAAAUGUUAUAUAUAGAGAAAUUUUGUGAUAAUCAACCUCUGAUGUAUAAUAGAGAAUAUUUUUUUAUAAGUACCUUUGCCAAAUUCUCGGAUAAGUACUCAUUGUAAAAUUACAAUUUACAUAUACUUCCUAAUAUUAUUCUUGAUUUAGCCAAUUUGGAUAAAGAACCACAAUUUCAUAUUUUAUUUUUAAAAUUAGUAAGUACUUAUCUACCUGACAACUGGUCACUCACAAAACACCACAGGGAAAAGCUUGAACGCUGUCAAAGAGCCAUGGAAAGGAGUAUGACCGGCAUAAAGAAACAAGACAGAGUAAGAAGCAGCACGAUACGACAAAAAACCAAAAUAGUGGAUAUACUAACACGCAUUGACCAACAGAAGUGGAGGUGGACUGGCCACAUGAUGAGAGACCCGCAAAACAAAUGGAGUACAGUUGUCUCCGAUUGGUACCCCAGAGAUGGCAAACGCAACAGAGGACGUCAACAAAUGCGAUGGGAAGACGACUUGAGACUCACGGCAGGAAAUAAGUGGCGAAGAGUGGCAAGGGACAGAACCCAAUGGAAGAAGUUAGAGGCCUAUGCCAAGAGGCACACUGAACUACGAGACAUAUUGUAGUGUAAAUAAUAUUUUAUGUAUGUUUUUGUAACUAUGUUUUGGUUCAGAAUAAAAGGCUUAUUAUUAU